CGGGUGGGGCCGCUGUUACGUGCCUACUUCUUCGCCCAGGAUUAAAAGCCUCAAGUGGAAUCAAUUUGUAUUUGAAAGCUGUGUCAAUACAAAGACUUGAUAUUAUUGUGGAAUAAUCAGCAAAUGAACAAUGUCAUUCAAUCAACAAGAAAGGCUCUUGUGUUAUAAUGGGGAUGUCCUUCUUUUUCAGCUAUUUCAAGGGAAGUUUUCAGAUAAAACGCCUGCAGAGACAUCCGUAUUAUAUGCCAGAAAGAUGGCAUUUGACAGCGAAACUGGAACAUUUUAUCUGAAGUCCACUGGAUUCUUUCCCAUACAGAAUGAAAGCGUUAAUUUAAAAAUGAUAUGUUGUAGUCAUGUGUCAGAUUUCAGAACUGGAAUUAAUCUCCCUUAUGUUUUGUUACAAAACAAAAAAUCGAAUAGUAUUUUCAAAUAUUAUGUACUGUUUCUCCACAGCAACAAUAAGUUGGAAAAGUGUUUGAGUUUUAGUCUAGGCUAUGAGAUGAAUGACAGUGUACGAGUCGUUAAUGGUCCUUUAAUUCUAUGGCAAUAUGUCAAGACAGUCUACUAUAUCUCUGCCCAAAUUGGCGAAAUCAUUAGCAUAUCAAUUAAAUUUUCUUCUGUUCCGUGGGCGGGUGAGAUUCAAAAUGUAGGUACAGUUUUAUUGGGGCCAAUGGAAUAUACUAGAAAGCCUUCAGAAUCAGAGGGUGAAGUUUGUAGUAGCAAAUUUUGUAUGUACUCUCUUCAAAGUCAAAAGGUAUUAAGUGAUACUAAUAUUAUUCCUCCUGCUUAUAGUAAUGUGAUAACUUAUGUUCAUAUCCGUACAAUGGAGAGUGUCAACAACCAGUUAAGAAUGUCUCUGAUUGCCCUUACUCGAGUGAAUCAACUCAUUUUCUUUCACAAUGGGACACCGAAAAGUAUGUGCCAGCUUCCAUUUGAAGGGCCCUGUGCAGUUCACCCUUUGGUCCCCAAUGAAAUAGACUCGUUUUUCAUUGUUUCAUUUAGGUCUAAUCAAGUUUGUGCUGUUUCAGAAAAGAACUUUCAGGUUAUUGCUCAGUGGGAAGAAUUUAGCUUCGCACUGGUAGAUGACUUUCUUGGAAAUGGAAGAGAACAAGUGCUGCUCCUUUUUCAGGAUUCCUUAAAUUCAGAUUCCCUGACUUCAUUUGAACUAACAGAUAUGAAGGAUAUAAACUAUUCAAGUGAACCAGUGGACUAUGAUGAAGAGGAUUUAUAUGAAGAACACGACGAGAAACGUUGGUUGGUGAUUCCACCUCUGCGCAGCAGAAUACUAGUAUAUUUGGGUUCAGUUCAGUACUUCAAGAAUUGCCUAUUGCUUACGGAAAAAUUUAUUUUAAAAUAUUCGAAAGCUUUAAUAAACUUGGCUCAAGGUGAAAGUACACCAAAUAUAGAGGAGGUGCCUCUUGUUCUUUUUUGUGGGGAAGAAGAAGAGGAAGAAGAAGAGUCUGUUGUUCCCUCCUAUGAAAAGUUGCCACAUGUUUUUCAAUACGCAGAACAGCAAAUAGAGAAGAUAUGGUAUCGUGUAUUGGAUGAUAGCUUGAUUGUUGGAGUAAAACCCACAUCUUCUUUGAAAGUGUCCCUGAAUAAUAUGACAUUAUCACUAUUAAUCGAUAAAACCUAUAGCCCCAUCUCUCAGUUAAUUAAGUGUCAAAAUAAGGUGAUUAGAUUGACUAUGGAUUCUUUCUCCACAUCACACUUGAAGCCACAUGAAAUAGAAUCUGAGGCAAAAAGGAUCAAGUUGACCCACAAGGAAGAAGAAAGCUUUGUUGAGCAGCCACAGAAGAAAGAGUGUGAACAGAUAAUUGCUGGUGUAACAUCAUGUUCGCCACUUUUAUCAUUGGGUAAAUUUUGUUGUAUUGUGCUUCUACAAACUAAGGAAGGAGAAAAUGGUAAAUAUCCUGAAAAUCAUUUUAUUUCAUGUGGAAGACUUUUUGUAAGUCUCGAAAGUCUCAACGAUCUUUCAAGUGAGAAACUCCUACUGACAUUUCCAGAGAAGAAACCCAUAGGUAAUUUUGUAGAGCAUAUAGAAGAUCUUUUUGCACUUCUCACAGUGUUGAACAAAAACUGUUUUCAUGUGAUAUCAUCAUCUGUUGGUGCCCUGAAUUUAAUGAAAAUGUGGCUCAUAGAAUACAUGAAUUGUGAAGUAAUCAAAGACGUUUCAGAAGUAUGCUUUUGUAAAGAGCCAAAAGAUGUCUAUGGGACACUCUUCACGUGGAAACAAAGAACACAAUUUGAAGGCAUUUUAACACUAUAUACCAGGAAUCAAACAGUUUUGUUCCGGUGUCUUCAUUAUAUUAUCAGCCGUCUCCCUAUAGACUGUUUCUUUCGAAAUGAAAAAUCAGAACAUGAAGAUCUCUUAGUUGAGUGUUCUGCAUUAACUUUGGAGAAGGAACUAGUUACCCCUGCUUCUUCUGAAAGCAACUAUGUUCAAGAAUGCGAAGCAAGCAAAGAAAAGAGCAGCACAAUUACUACAUCACCAGAGACAGAGGACACAGACUUUCUGUACAGAGAAGAAUUUGAGGAAGAAAAUGUUGGAGAUGAACCUACAAGUGAGUGGAGCAGUGACUUUGAAAUUAUCUGAGAUUCAUUUGCAAUCAGAUGUUGUUGCACAGAAAAUGACUCAUUUCUUGUUGACAUGAAGUUUUGGUUCCUGUGUUAU